GCAAAUCCCGCCGCCUCCCUCCCAGAAUGGCUAGAGCACUUUCAGGAUGAUGACCAUCUGACCACUGUGCUCCAGGUACUAAUGGAGCGCGAAAACGAGAGGAUCACUGUUAGCAACGCCUCACGUCAUGAGAGUAAUCCAUCGAAGGCUCAUCACACUGCGCAAAUUCCCUCGACACUCAUCAAAAUUGACGAAGCUGUCAAGCACUACUCGAUAUCAGUAGCCUGCCAUCCAAAGCACUGGAAAUACAAUCGUUACGCGGACGUAAUGCCCUACGACCGCACCCGGGUCAUUGUAGGGCAUAGUGGGUCAGAAGAGCUGUCGGGGAGGUAUCUCAAUGCGAGCUGGGUGCGAGAGCUGGCCGGAGGAAAGUGGUGGAUCGCAUCGCAAGCGCCGUUGCCAGACACCAUACAUGCAUUCCUCACAGUCAUCCUCGAACCCAUUUCCUCUCCGCCCGCAGUCAUGCAAAAGAUACAGCCCAUCACAGGUUCUAUCAGUCGAGUGCGCACUGUCGUGCAACUCACACGAGAAGUCGAGAGCGGGAUCCGCAAAGCGCACGCAUAUAUCCCACCCAACGUCGGCGACUCGUGGGUCUCUGCAUCCGAGCCCGAUUGCAACGCGAAGCCGCUGAAGGUCACCUUGCUGGAUGUUUGCCAGAUAGAUGAGGCGCACUGCCUGCAGAGAACUGUCUCGAUACAACCGCUCAAGUCCAUGAACGCGGCGGAUGCCAUUGGCGAACCCGUCGUCUUCAAGCACAUGCUCUUCUCGUCUUGGCCAGACCACAGUGUGCUACAGCCCGAGGACCGCGCGGUGCUACUUCGUUUCCUACACCUUGUCGAUCAGACGAACCGCGACCUAUCCUCGCAGCCCGCCGCAGUGCGCGACAGCCUCGAUCCCGAUCCGCCAAUCAUUGUCGGCUGCUCUGCGGGCAUCGGCCGCACGGGCAGCUUCAUCGCACUCUCGUCCCUCCUGCGCGCGUAUCGCUUCCUCCUUCCACCUCGCUUGUUCCUGCACGAGCCGAACCAGGAGCUCCCGCCGCUUGAGCCGAGCCUGCUUGGUCCCCUGCCCGAAGUGGUGCGCGAGGACAGGAUCGUGCAAGAGAUUGAUGCGCUGAGGGAGCAGAGACCGGGCAUGGUAGAAAGACCGGACCAGGUGCAGCUCAUCUCUGAGUGCCUGAUGAUGGCGUUUGCGAAGCAGAAGCCUAUGAAUCCGUAGGGUUCUUACCUUCGUCACAUACGCCAACCUUGCGCGAUCGAUUA